CAAAAUUUGAAAUCCCCUGAAAAAACACAGACCACCAAAGAGAAGAAGAAAAAAACAGUAUGGAAGAGUUCUUUCAGUACGGUUCGCGAAGUCCGAUUUACUGGAUAGAAGAUGAUGCUUUGCCGGCUAAUCAGAGCGGUUUUGUUAGAUGUACAGACAAGGAGGAGGUUUUACCGGUGAAUCAGAGCGGUUUAGUGGGAUACACAAGCCAAGAGGAAGCUUUACCUGUGAACCAGAGUGCUUUACUAGGAUAUGCAAACCAAGAGGAGGCUUUACCAGUGAAUCAAAGCGGUUUUGUCAGAUAUGCAAACCAAGAGGAGGCUUUUGUGAUACAUACAAACCAAAAGGAGGCUUUACCAGUGAAGCCAAGCGCUUUUGUCAGAUACCCAAACCAAGAGGAGGCUUUAUUGGGGAACCAGAGCGCUUUCGCUUUACCGGUGAAGCAAAGCGCUUUUGUCAGAUACAAAGAGCCACCCAUAUUGGAAGGAGGUGUUGGGAGCGAAAGUUGGGUUGUGAAAUUGAAUAAUCAGAGUGUAAACAAGAGAAUGAUAGAGUUUUUGAGGAAGAAUUGGAGUCCGAUGAUGGAGAGUAAAGAUUCGGAUAGAGAGCGGUCUUACCGGCACAUGAUUAAUGAGAGGUUGAGGAGAGAGAGACAGAAGCAUAGUUACUCAGGGCUGCGCUCUCUGUUGCCUCCUGGUACCAAGAGUGAUAAGAAUUCAAUUAUUCAAGUGGCAGUUAAGGAAGUGCAAGUGCUGGAGAAGAAUAAAGCAGAGCUUGAGAGGAGAAAUAGGGAGAUUGAGGCCAUUUUAGGGGCAAGAGAAGAUAGGAAGAUAGAGGGUGCUAAGAUCAGAUUAAGGGUAGCUGAUCCUUCAUCUGGGAUUGAUUCUAUGUUGGAGGUUUUAAAAUGUUUGAAGAACAUGGGCUCCAAAAUUACAGCCAUCCAAUCAAUUUUUUCAGAUAAGGAAUUAUCCGCAGUGUUGGAGAUUGAAACCCAGAUUGAAUCCGAAGAAGUGGAAAAGGCUGUGCAGAGAAAAUUAUUUGAAGUUGAGAUGAAACUUCGUACUCAGGUCCCAAUCUGAAGAAAUUCCAAAGCCAGUCCAAAAAUACUAAAAAUUUUAUCAAAAUUUUUAUCAAAUAUUUUACAUGGGGUGAGACCCACAUGGUAUGGGUGUUACACCCAUAUCAAACAUUUGGUAGAACUUUAACGCUGUGCUUGGUUGGGAGAUUUAAGAAGGGACUUGAAAAAAGAAAGAGAAAAGGUGUGUGAAAUUAGGUAAAAUAUAAAGUAUAUUUUAUUCACAUUUUACCUACCUUUUCUCUUUUCCUUUCUAAAUGUCUUCCUAAAUCUCCCAACCAAACACAACAUUAGGGUCUCUAGCUAGAAUUACUCUUUACAUAAUAUUAAUCACCAUGUGACAAUUAAUACAAGUCUUUUUCAGUUUAGUACUUUUUUUUUUACCCAUACACUUGUGAAUCUUGUUAAUUGUAAUUUGUAACAAUGAAGAAGCAACUAAGAAGCUUGGUCUGGUUAUUUUCA